ACCGCCCAAUUCUACAUGAGACGUCCCACGCCCGCCCCCGUGACCCAUGAAAGGCGCGCCUUCCCGAGACGCUUUGCGAGCAGUGGAAAGAUGGCAGCCGCAAUCUCCUUACGAAGGCUGCGCUUCCUCGGCGGGCUGGGCCUGCCGCAGUCCACUCGGCUGGCGGGUGUAUGUGAAUCAGCACAUAGUUGCAGACUUUGUUCCGGAAGUGCAGCUCUCCCAAAGGUUGAAGGAACUGAUGUAACAGGGUUUGAAGAAAUAGUCAUUCCAAAAAAGAAAACUUGGGAUAAAGUGGCUAUUCUUCAGGCGCUUGCAUCCACAGUCAACAGGGACCCCACAGCUGUCCCGUAUGUGUUUCAGGAUGAUCCUUACCUCAUCCCAACAUCCUCCAUGGAGUCACGUUCAUUUUUAUUGGCAAAGAAGUCUGGGAAGACUGCAGCAAAAUUUAUUAUUAACUCACAUCCCAAAUACUUUCAGAAGGAUUUUGCUGAACCUCAUAUACCGUGCUUAAUGCCUGAGUACUUUGAACCUCAGAUUGAAGAUGUCAGUGAAGCUGCCCUGAUAGAACGAAUCAAACUCAAAAAAGUCAAAGCUUCUGUGGACCUAUUUGAUCAGCUCUUGCAAGCAGGAACUACUGUUUCUCUUGAAACAACUAAUAAUCUCUUGGAUUUAUUAUGUUACUAUGGUGACCAAGAGCCUCCAACUGAUUAUCAUUUUCAACAGCCUGAACAGUCAGAAGACUUGGAAGAGACCCCAGAGGGAAAUAAUGAAAAACCCAGGACAAAGGCUGGUCAUCCAUUUGGCACUGCUUGGAAAGCACAAAACAAUGCUGAGAGAAUCUUUGCUCUAAUGCCAGAGAAGAAUGCACAUUCCUACUGCACGAUGAUCCGAGGAAUGGUGAAGCAUCGGGCUCAUGCACAGGCAUUAAACUUAUACACUGAGUUAUUGAAUAACAGGCUCCAUGCAGAUGUAUAUACCUUCAAUGCAUUAAUUGAAGCAAAAGCAGUCAUGCCAAAUGAGAAAUAUGAGGAAAAAUGGAAUAAUAUACUGGAUCUUCUGAAGCAUAUGGUUGCCCAGAAUGUGAAGCCAAAUCUGCAGACUUUUAAUACCUUGCUAAAAUACCUCCGAAGAUUUCAUUCAUUUGGAAGACUCCCAGCCUUACAGACCUUACGUGAAAUGAAAGCCAUUGGUAUAGAACCCUCACUUGCAUCGUACCAUCAUGUUAUUCAGGUAUUUUAUCAACCCGGAACUUCUCCAAAAGGACCAUCCCUUGUCAUCUAUGAUAUAAUGAAUGAAUUAGUGGGAAAGACAUUUUCUCCAAAGGACCUGGAUGAUGAUAAGUUUUUUCAGUCAGCCAUGAAUGUUUGUUCAUCUCUCAGAGAUCUAGAGCUUGCUUACCAAGUCCAUGGUCUUUUAAACACGGGAGACAACCGAAAAUUCAUUGGAACUGAUUUUCAGCGUAAUUUCUAUUAUUCCAAGUUUUUUAAUUUGAUUUGUUUAAUGGAACAAAUUGAUGUCACUUUGAAGUGGUAUAAAGACCUGAUUCCUUCAACGUUCCUCCCCCACUCCCAAACACUGAUUGAUCUUCUCCAAGCAUUGGAUGUGGCAAAUCGUCUAGAAAUGAUUCCUCAGAUUUGGAAAGAUAGUAAAGAAUAUGGCCACACUUUCCGCAGUGACCUAAGAGAAGAAAUCCUGAUGCUUAUGGCAAGGGAUAAACACCCACCACAGCUGCAGGUAGCAUUUGCUGACUGUGCUACUGAUAUCAAAUCCACAUAUGAAAGCCAAGAAGCCAGGCAGACUGUUCCUGAUUGGCCAGCCAACGCUCUCAACUAUAUAGCUGUCAUCCUCUUAAGGGGUCACAGAACCCAGGAAGCCUGGAAAAUGUUGGGGCUUUUUAAGAAGCAUAAUAAAAUCCCUAGAAAUGAGUUGCUGAAUGAGUUUCUGGACAGUGCAAAAACAUCCAGUAAUCCUGCCCAGGCAAUUGAGGUCGUCAAGCUGGCAAGUGCCUUCAGCUUGCCGAUCUGUGAGGGCCUUGCCCAGAAAGUAAUGGAGGACUUUACAGUUAAUGCCGAACAAAAGGUGGCCCUGAGCAACCUAACUGCAUUGACUAACAGUGAUGGUGAAAGCAGCAGUGACAGUGACAGCAGUGAAGACAAAUGAAAGUGAGAUGCAGCCCUGUCAUAGAUAUUUAAUAUGGGAUAUUUAACUGAUCAGAAGGAAUCAAGAAGAUGAAACUCUGCUUAUGUUACGUGUGUAGCUCAGUGAUGUGGCCUAGCAUGUGCAAGCCUAUGGAGUCCAUCCCCAGCAUCACAAAAAAUGCAGACUUUGGUUAAUUUGUUGCUGUGCAAUAGUUGAUAACAAUGCUAACCUUAACUCAAGCCCCAACUUACUACCAUCUAUUAAGGCAUCACUCAAGGUCUACCAUUUACGCACUGCUAUUUUCAUUUCUUCAUGAACAGGUACAUUGUGAAGUCCGUGACUCUUGGAGAACAAGUCCUACACACACAUACACACACACCACUCCCCCGCAGUGUAGGCAGGCUUUUCCCACUGCCGCGCAUCAUAGUACUUUGUGCUCUCUGGCCUUUGUUAGCCUUACUGUUCCUUAGUAAGCUGAUGCUUAGCCUCAGGAGUCUAAAGGAGGUUUUCAUGGGCUGGAGAAAUGGCUCAGUGGAGAAAGAGCUGCUUAAGCAUGAAGGCCCAAGUUCAGCACCCAUAUAAAAGCUGGGUGUGGUGGUCACUGCCUAUAAGUCAGAAAAGGGUGAUUCCUGUGUCUUGCUGGCUAGCGUAGCUGAAUCAGCGGGCUCUAGGUUCAUUGUAAGACUGUUUCAAAACCUAAGGUGGAAAGUGACUGAAAACAGUUGGUGUCAACCUGUGGUCUAAACAUGCACAUGUAUACAUGCGUAUUACAUACACAUAUAGUUAACUGUUGGAUCAAUUUGGGGAAUAUUUAGAUGUGAAUAAUUGUGUCAGGAUUGAUUAAACAGCUAUUGGCAAUUUUUGCUAUACAAGUGGUAAAAUGAAGACUAAUGCAAAUAAAGACAUUCAAAUAAUGUAAA